GGGCUGUGGUUUUGUGAAGUCAGUUCCGGUUGUUGUAAAACCCCCGGGGCGGCGGCGAACGGGUUUCAGAUGCUUCUGGGUCGCGGUCAGAGAAGUGUUAGCAGUCCGCUAUCAGUUUGGGAGCCGAGCGCUAGCGCCACCGGCAAGGGGAUGGCGGUGACCCAGACCGCGGCCACCGCAGCCAUGGGUAGGCUCCUGGUCCUACUGCUGCUCGGGCUCACGGCGCCCGCCGCAGCGUUGGCCGGCUACAUCGAGGCUCUUGCAGCCAAUGCUGGAACAGGAUUUGCUGUUGCUGAGCCUCAAAUUGCAAUGUUUUGUGGGAAGUUAAAUAUGCAUGUGAACAUUCAGACUGGAAAAUGGGAACCUGAUCCAACAGGCACAAAGAGCUGCUUUGGAACAAAAGAAGAAGUUCUUCAGUAUUGUCAGGAGAUGUAUCCAGAGCUACAGAUCACAAAUGUUAUGGAAGCAAACCAGCCAGUCAGUAUUGAAAACUGGUGCCGAAAGGACAAAAAACAGUGCAAGAGUCAUAUUGUUACACCUUUCAAAUGUCUUGUAGGUGAAUUUGUAAGUGAUGUUCUACUAGUUCCAGAAAAGUGCCAAUUUUUCCACAAGGAGCGGUUGGAGGUUUGCGAGAACCACCAGCACUGGCAUACUGUCGUCAAAGAGGCAUGUCUGACACAGGGAAUGACCUUAUAUAGUUAUGGCAUGCUGUUGCCCUGUGGGGUAGACCAGUUCCAUGGCACUGAAUAUGUGUGCUGCCCUCAGACAAAGAUUAUUGAAUCCACUGUGUCAAAAGAAGAGGAAGAGGAAGAAGAAGAUGAAGACGAUGACUAUGAUAUUUAUAAAAGUGAAUUUCCUACUGAAGCAGAUUUGGAAGACUUCACAGAAGCAGCUGUUGAUGAGGAUGAGGAAGAGGGUGAGGAAGUAGUAGAAGACCGAGAUUACUACUAUGACACCUUUAAAGGAGAUGACUACAAUGAGGAGAACCCAACUGAGCCCAGCAGUGACGGGAUUAUUUCAGAAAAGGAAAUUAUCCAUGAUGUUAAAGCUGUCUGCUCCCAGGAGGCGAUGACGGGGCCUUGCCGGGCCGUGAUGCCUCGUUGGUACUUCGACCUCUCCAAGGGAAAGUGCGUGCGCUUUAUAUAUGGCGGCUGCGGAGGCAACAGGAACAAUUUUGAGUCUGAGGAUUAUUGUAUGGCUGUGUGUAAAACGAUGAUUCCCCCAACUCCUUUGCCAACCAAUGAUGUUGAUGUGUAUUUCGAGACCUCUGCAGAUGAUAAUGAGCAUGCCCGCUUCCAGAAGGCCAAGGAGCAGCUGGAAAUCCGGCACCGCAACCGAAUGGACAGGGUUAAGAAAGAAUGGGAAGAGGCAGAGCACCAAGCUAAGAACCUCCCCAAAGCAGAGAGACAGACUCUCAUUCAGCACUUCCAAGCCAUGGUUAAAGCUUUAGAGAAGGAAGCAGCUAGUGAGAAGCAGCAACUGGUGGAAACUCACCUGGCUCGAGUAGAAGCUAUGCUGAAUGACCGCCGUCGCAUGGCUCUGGAGAAUUAUCUGGCUGCCUUGCAGUCUGACCCACCACGGCCUCAUCGCAUCCUUCAGGCCUUGCGGCGUUAUGUCCGUGCUGAGAACAAAGACCGCCUUCAUACCAUCCGUCAUUAUCAGCAUGUGUUGGCUGUUGAUCCAGAAAAGGCAGCCCAGAUGAAAUCCCAGGUGAUGACACAUCUCCAUGUGAUUGAAGAAAGACGGAACCAAAGUCUCUCUCUGCUCUACAAAGUUCCUUACGUAGCCGAAGAAAUUCAAGAGGAAAUUGAUGAGCUACUUCAGGAGCAGCGUGCCUAUAUGGACCAGUUCACUGCCUCCAUCUCAGAGACCCCAGUGGACGUCCGGGUGAGCUCCGAGGAAAGUGACGAGAUCCCGCCAUUCCACCCCUUCCACCCCUUCCCGUCCUUACCUGAGAGUGAAGACUCACAGCCGGAGUUGUACCACCCAGUGAAGAAAGGAUCUGGAGCAGGAGAGCAUGAUGGAGGACUGAUAGGUGCUGAAGAGAAAGUGAUAAACAGCAAGAAUGAAGUGGAUGAGAAUAUGGUCAUUGAUGAGACACUUGAUGUUAAGGAAAUGAUCUUCAAUGCCGAGAGGGUCGGAGGCCUUGAGGAGGAGCCGGAAUCUGUGGGACCACUGCGGGAGGACUUCAGUCUGAGCAGCAGUGCCCUCAUUGGCCUGCUGGUCAUUGCGGUGGCCAUUGCUACGGUGAUAGUCAUCAGCCUGGUGAUGCUGAGGAAGAGACAGUAUGGAACUAUCAGCCAUGGCAUUGUGGAGGUUGACCCAAUGCUUACUCCAGAAGAACGUCACUUGAACAAGAUGCAGAACCAUGGUUAUGAAAACCCAACCUACAAAUACUUAGAGCAGAUGCAGAUUUAA